GGUACUUCCCGAAGUCAGUGCACACAAGUGAUAGCCCAAUCAGAAGGCGAGAGACGAAUAGCAGAAAAAAUUCAAUCUAAGCUCAAUGUUUCCAAAAUCGAGGUGGAAGAUAUCUCAGGUAUUUCCUUGCUUUACUUUCGUCAGCAUACCUGUACUCUCGUACUCAGCAUGCCUAUACUCUCAUACAUUUCCCAAUCCUGCAACUUUAGGGUGUUAAAUAAUUCAAGGAUUUUAUCAUUCUGUACCUCACCGGUACUCCAUUGAUUAUUAUACCAUACUUAAGCUAUGAAAGCAGUGGCGGUUAACUAUUUUUGCCGCUUGCAAUUAGGGCAAAUUAGACACGUUGCCCGGAAUAAAAUUCACUUGCCAUCAGGUCUAAUUUUGCCCUCACCUAUUAGCAAAAUUUGAAGUAAAUGAUUUGCAGUAAGGAUUGAUUAAUCACCAUUUUAAUCUUAUGUUUUCCUUAACAAAGUCAUUUGAAGACUUGAAUCAUGAAGUGUUAACUUCAGUUGAUUUACUAAUAAAGAACCAUAUUAAAAACAGAAUGCGUAACAUAAACAAGCAAACAAUUUUAUAGCAGUUAAGUUCUGGCAAUUAAGUUCUGGGGGCUUCGGUGCUGCAGUCCUCAAAGCAAGCGCCUUUCAACUCUGAGAUUAUGGGUUCGAUUCUUGCUAUGGACUCAUGUGGGGGUAAAGAUCUACCUAAAAUGAUGUUUUGUGAUCAGAAACAAAAAUGAUCAUUGUUCAUGACUCGUUCUUUAGAAAGACAGUUUUUAUAGUUUUAUUGUCUUUCAUUGUUGUAAUCAACCAACCACGGGCCUAGAUAGUAUAGGUAGAUGAUGACCCCUCAUGUGUGGACGCAUGUGAAAACUCAACGCUCUGCCAAAAGUCGUGGGUUUUCUCCAGGCGCUCCAAUUUCCUCCCACAGGGAAAGUUUACAGGGUGGGUUAGGAUAACCAUAGUUAGGGAAGUACUAGCUGUAAUAUCACAAUUGUUGUAAUAAAAUAGUCUAAGCUUAGUAGGUAAUAUAAGUAAACGUAAUACUUGAUGUAAUUGGUCACUGAAAAUCCCCGAUGGGAAGUGAGCUAAAUAAUAAUAAUCAUCAAUACUACUUCUACUUGCUCGUAAUGAUUUUUACUUGCCUUGCCAGCAAUGUACAUUUACUGCUAAUUUACAGAGUAACUUGAAACUCAAGGUGUACCCUUGUCCACACAAUCCAAUUAGUCAUAUGCGAUUGUCAUUCUGCCGUAUAAAAAAUACCUGCUGGCACCACAACUCCCCUUCAUUUAGUUCACAAGACAGGGAGAAUUCAAAUUUCUUUGGGCGUCUUUACUCGAUUUUUAUAUAACACCUAUGGUCACAUGAUAUUGAGUAAAAAUUCCCAUUUUACUAGGAGUGCAAUGGAACUUUAUUAAUAAUUAUACCGUUUAAAUUGUUAUAUAUAGUAUGUAAUGUACAUCUAAAAACAGUAAGUGAUGCAUCCAUACAGCUUGCACAACAUAUCUAUACAACAAAGUAGAUUUAUAAAAAAGAUAUAUACAAAGAACUAUGUUCCUCAUUCCAUAUUCCGGGAGGAUCGAUAUAUUCGCCUUCGUCCAAAGACGAUUCAUCAGCGCUCGAUUCUGAUUGGCUUUCAGCUUCAGAAAGAGGGGCGGUCACCACAAUUUCCGGAACAUUAAUAACUACAGAUUUCGGUUCGUCUUUCAUACCAAUGCUUGUAUCUGAUAAUGAUGACUUCUCUGUGUCCUCAGAAGGAGGGGCGGUCACCACAAUUUCUGGAAUAUCGAUAACUACAGAUUUUUGUUUAUCAUUCAUACCAAUGCUUGUAUUUGAUAAACAUGACUUCUCUGUUUUACCAAAUACUGCGAUAGAACUUUUGCGACAGACUUCUUGGAGCUUUGGCUCCUCUGCUGAAUUCGCAGCGAGUUGAUCAACGUUUUCUUUAUCAUUCUGUUUCUUGCAUUGUCUGUGCAAUUCAAAUAUGUAAAAAUGAGUAUAUUAAUGUCAUUUUGUGAUAGAAUAGAAUUUUACUUUGGUGAGCGAUUGAGAUACAAGGGAGUUUAGUGGGGACAAAAUGAUUGGGUAAGGGUAGGAAAAAUAGGAAGAUAAAGAAAACAACAAAGUAUGGAUCAGAAAAUAAGAAAAGAAGGGACAAGGGAAUAGUGAUGAAUUGGCGAAAGAGAAAAGAAAAAAGAAACAGUGAAGAAUAAAAGAGUGAAAAGAAUAUAUUGUUGACCAGAAAUAAUGAAAAAAGAAGAAAAUACGGAAGAAUUGAGUGGUCAUUAGUCAAUGAACGAAUGCUUUAUCUUAUCACGGUAACAUGCAUCAGGAUUUACGUAUAUAUGUAUAAAGUAUUGCGAAAUUACAGUUUAAAAUAUUACACGGUCACACUAAUAAUUACAAAUAUAUACUAUUUAAUUUUCCUAGCAAUUAUAUUAAUAUAAAACACCAUCUUGUUUUUCAUGAGUGCCGUGUAAUAAAAAGUAAAAAGUUGAAAUAGCUACUGCAACACAUUUUCAAUUCACCCUUGAGUAUUUGCUUUCCGCAACUCGGUUGGAAAGCUGUUCCAUAGCUGUCCCGCUCCACUAUAGCCAAAGCUAAUUUUUAGGUAGUUGGCAUGGGGCCUAGGAGUAGCUAGCUUGCCCUCAGUGUCCAUCAAUGAGUAGUUUGUUAUACUGCUACGCUUCACAAAUAUGGGCUGCAAAUAGUUGGGAUCUAGUCAAUGAAGUGAUUUGUAUAAGACCACACCUAUUAACCUUUUGAAACUGUGCCUGGAGUCAAGUUUCCUCCAGCCAAGUUUCUCAAGAGAGAGAAAGGAAUGAGAGAAAGAAAGAAAAAGGAAGGAACAAAGGAUCGAUUGAUAAAAACAUGCAAGAAAGAAAAGGAAAAAAAAGAAACAUGAAAUUAUGGAUACAUAGAUGAAAAAAAAAGUAUGUCUGCAUGCAUAGCAAGAAUCCGAAUGGGAGCUAGAGAGUGGAAGAAAGAUGAAAAUAUGAAAGAAUGGUAUGAGGCCAACAGCACAUGUAAAAACGUAUAUGGAUAAACAUACAAAUAGGAUGGUAAAACAGGCAUGGUGAGCCGCAAUUGGGAGGAUGAAAGUACAUGUAAGAUGGUAAACGAGACAUGUACUGCAUGAUGCGUAAUAAUAAAUAGAAAGUAUAAUAAAGGUAAAAUAGAAAUGGCCCCUUACCUAAUGACAAUAUACAGUAAACUUCCCAAGAGAAAGGUUCCAAUGACCGUAAUGAGUAGAGCAAAUAUUGCGCCGUGCAUGAAACAUGAUGUUCCAAAGUUUUUCAACAUUUCACCGAAGAAACGAGCUAAAAAUAAUAUUCUAUUUAAUAUCAAUUUUUUUUAAUUCUCCGCUUUAACGAAUCAGUUUGUAAUUAUGCUAAUAUGUACUUGUACUAUUAUUGGGAUUACUGCUGUGUUCUUAAACAACCCAUUCUCUUCUUUUGUGUGAUGAUAUAUACAUCAUACGGUCAUCCAUGAAUCGAUGAUGUGCAUCAUCAUACACGCUUAGUUUUUUAUUUAUGAGGACCUGACCCUCAUCCCACCCUAACUCCCCUAUCCUAACCUGGGAGUAGCCACUCACGCUAACCGGGGAAGGAUAUGUUGUCUUAAAAGUGAUUAAUUCUAUUCGUACCUGGGCAUGCGUACCACAUGCACGACUUCUCUUCGUUCUUGGUGUUGUUAUUGUCGUCUGCGGAGGAAAAAAUAGUGUUAGUUAAAGUCAGGCUUUCUUCCCAUCUUACUCUUCCAACUUCUCUUCUAGCUACUUAGCUACUUUUCCGUUUUAAAAUUACUUGAUCUUUUUUUCUCAUAAAAUCCUACUUUUUAAGACAGUUUGGGAAUCAUUAAUAUGUUAUUGCCAUAUCUCUUUGCUUCUGUACUGGACUCUUAUAUUUCUAUUCGUGUCUCCGAUGAUAUGUCUUAUGUGUUUGGAUGACAAGGAAUAUAUUUGGAUUAGCAACAUUGUGCAGUAAAUGCUUUAGUACAAUCUGUAAUCUAUUUCAACAACGUAUAAUGACCACAUAUAUCCUACUACUGGAGUAAGGUUGGCUGCAGGAGGGAAGGUCAAUUAUUUUACAUUAUAUUUUUUUGUUAUUUGCAUCUCCAAAAAUUCCUACUCUGUUCUAUAUUUCCUGAAAUUCUAAUCCUAUACUUUUAUGUUAUCCCACCCAGCAUGGAUUGUAAAAUAACUGGAUAGGAAACUUCCUGACGUCAUUGACUGCAUCCUUGUUGAAAAACGUGACGUCACGCGUAUUGCGAAUGUUACCAAAGUUCUCGGCAUUUUUGUUGUUUUGCUAUAUUUUCCACUUUAAAAGGGUGAUAUUGAAGCAUAAACUGGUCUAAUUGUUUUAAAAACAUGCCUAAGCCACGACAAAGUAUUCAAGGUAAAUGUUUUUCGUCUUUGUUUUGUAUUUUUUUUACAUUUGCAGCUACGAAAUUGGCGUCACAAAGUUUAACGAAAUUUGCGAUGUAUUUUUCACUGUUUAGUGCUUGAAAUAUUUGCUAAAAUUGACUGGGAAUACUUAGAGUUUUCAUCGUAGAAUGGCGUGCUUAUAUUUAUUUGCUCUUUGACUAAAAUGUUUAGCUGUAUUAUUGCUAAACAUGCCGUUUUUGAGAAUUUGGUUUGCAACUAGGUUGAGGCAUCCAACCACGCCAUCAGCCCAUUAAAAACAUUAGGUCACGUCAGCUAGUUUCCUAUCCAUUUAUUUUAUUAUCCAUGCACCCAGACACAUCACAUUGCUAUAUAUGCAUGAACCUGCAGUUAGAGCUCGACAACUGGACUCUGUAGCUCAGUUGGUUAGAGCGCUGCACCGGAAUCGCAGUGGCGCAGGUUUUAUUCCUGCCUGCAUGUGGACCUAUAGUUGCAUUUUUCGCAACUGCUCCUGGUCAGGUCUAAUAAGUGUAUAGAAUUUACACUGGAAAUUUCCGUCUACAAAAUCUUCUGCAAUUUAAAUUGUAACUAACUCACCAAGUUCUUCAUAAGCGUCGAGAAAUACAGACGCGGUCAAGUUACCACCAUCAGCGCUCACUUUUACCAGUCGUAUUUCGUAUGACAGAUCUUUCAUGACGCCGAGUUGAGCGCUGAAUGUUGCACGGUCAGUCUCCCAGCCAAGCUCUGUAGUCUCCAUUGUGAUGGAUAUGAAAUUCACCGCGGCUUUUCGCCAUUUCGCGUACAUGGCUGUUCCUUUCGGUCCGUAGUUUGCCCGUCGAACGAUCAAAUGGAAUUCGCUACCGUACGAUGACCUCCAUGUCGCUGUGGCAGUGCUGUUGGUCCGCCAUGUCGCGUCGACUUCCAAAGCACUUCGAUUUUGCGCUGAGGAAAGAAAGAAUAUUAAGUUGAAGUGUAAACAUUUUCUGUCAAAGCUUUCCUCGUCUUUGUUUAUAUCAUUAGCAUCAAAAACAAAGGAAAUUUCGUGGAAGUAAUUUGCGAAAUAGUGGGGAAUUUCUGGAGACUAUAAAAAAUUCUCCAACUUGCAGCGCGCAAAAUUUUACCGACCCCAAAACAGGCCAGUAAGUCAGUAACACUGACCUGAACGUUUAAUUAAUUAUAGAAAUAGCACGAAUUCUACGCCCUGUUUAUCAAUAGACACAUUUUCUCGACAGUUUUGCACUUUUGGCGCGAAACGCAACGAAUAUGCUGCAAGCGCAAAUUUGUUCGCACGCUAGCCAUGCAAUUUCACUUCUUGCGCCCGCGCACGAUCAUAACACGUCACAAUCCUAAUAAAAAUAGUAUGUAAUUAAAAAUUGCAACCCUCCUCUUUUAUGUGUCAAAUUGUCUCGAGCAUAAAAUAAAAGUUGUUCUUUGUUGAAGUUAAAACGUAAUUAGAACGCUUAUCAAAGCUUUGUGUUGUUAAUCUAGAGCUUAAAAUGUCCCCAGUAACAAUGCGUGUGACUGCCAACUCUCAUUCUCGUUAGACCGGAACCUAACAUCUUAGAGUCUGUUUAUCAUGAUCCCGGAUUGUUGGAGAGGAUGGAAGACGGGAUUACUAGGCCUAAACGAAACUUAAGUCGCCGGUUAAAAGAACUCAAAUGUUGUCAACCGUGUUUAUAAUUAUAAUGUUAUAAAAUAAUCUAUCACUGGAAAAAUAAUGUAGUUUACGGUCGGACGAGGAUGAGAGUUGCAACUCUCGCUCGCGUUUGACUGGCCAACUCUCAUCGACUUUCAUCAACUUUGAACUGGUUCAAAUUUUGAUGAGAGUUGAUGAGCAUUUUCGCUAUACGCGCGCUUCAACUCUUGUUCUCGUUUGGCCGGGGCACGAGAGUUGAGAAAAUUCUCGUGCAAACUCUCGCUUCUCAACGCUCGUCAACUCUGACCGAGGUGUUAGUUUCAAACAUCUAAUCCUAUUAAGGAUUCAAACUGGAAACGCCGUAGAAAUUCACAUAAUAGUUGACAGUAGCAUUGUUUUUGAACAUUGCCUAACAGCGCAUAAAGUUCUUGUUAAGAACAGUAUAGUGUUUGAAAAAUGAAGAAAAACUAAGUCUCACCUUGAUAUUGGCAUUUGUCGCCAUAAAAAUUUGGUCUGCAUACACAUUCGUAGCCGCCGUCCACCUCCGGCGUUGGAGCGAAGAUUGCCCGAACUGGGCAUCGAGCUGCAAAGCAGUUGUCGAUUAUAAUACAAAGAAAUAUCAGCAAGAAAGCUUCGAGCUUCAUUGCGCUUAUCACUUGUAGAAUAAGUUUUGCUAUAGUGACAUCAUAAUUGUGUCGUAAUUAAAGUAGUGACGUAAUUCUCAUCAGUCCUUGCGCAAAUUCUAUCGCGCAAGCUCACUGAUCUCCAGUGAGUGAAUGUAACUGGAACGAUAGCUGGCAAAGAAAAGUGAAGCAAAAUUAAAAUAUCAACACCAUCAAACGUAAUUGUUUUCGCAAACGUUAACGUUUAAAAUAAAUGAAACGCAUUCAAAAAAAUAUGUAUAAUAAAAUGUUUUUACGAAUUUCGCAAACUUUUGAUCUUUUUGUGCAAGCAGAACACUAUUCAUUUUUAGUGUAAAGUUACUUCGAAACUUUAUUUGAGUUGCGAAAAUUCAAACGAAUAGUCAUUCAUUCAUUCAUAGUGUAAACUACCCGGGGGGUGUAUACGAUUUAUGUUUGUAGUGAUUUAUUUUAUUUAUUUCUUAUUUUCAAAAAAAUUAUUUCUUAUUUACAAGUGCUAUGACUAGAAACCUGCUAAGAAGCUUAACAUGCUUUUGAUUUUGGCCUUACCGAAACAAACUGCACCUUGUGCUUAUAUUAUGACUUUAAUAAUGUCUGUUUAGGUCUGUUACAGGUAAACUACGUCAAGCGUUCCUCUUUUGAGUUUCUGACUUGAUUGCAAUUUUCCGCAUUAUACCUUUGCAAACAUGAAAAACUCCCUUGCAAAUCCCUUGAGGGAAUUUGCAAUGUUUCUAAAAGCCAAUUAAAUUUUCUUCAAUUCUUGUUAGAAGUUCUUAACUUCCUGGUACAAGUUCCUAACUUCCUGUUCUGUUACGUGCAUUGUAAUUGGCUACCAAUGACAACGCUCAGAACAGAACAGGAAGUCAAAACAGGAAAUUAAAACAGGAAGUUAGGAAAAUUUUGAAAGGAAGUUUCUCUGCAUUGGAAUACCGCAACAGCCGAAAGGAACAUUGCAAAUUUCCUUAAGGGAUUUGCAAUGGAGUUUUUCAAAUUUGCAAAGGAAAUGAGGAAAAUUGCAAUCAUGGUAUGACCUCAAAAGAGGAACGCCACCAGUCGGAGUUAGGGUGGGGUCAGGGAUCAGCCUUGAUACAUUAUAAUAGGGGUCACACGAAGUAUAUACCCGGUGCAGCGCUCUAACCAACUGAGCUGCAGAGUCCAAGUGUCGGGCUCUAACCUCAAGUUACAUCCUGGUUAGCUGGGCUUAUACCUUCCAAAAUAGAAAAAUGCAUAAUGUCGGAAUCGAAUUCCGGUUUCAAAGAUGAAGGCGAAAGACAAACGCAACAACGAACUUUAGCAGCCUUAUAAACACAAACUUCAAAAUUCUUUGUUCUUCAAAAUACUGUAACCCCUAACAAACUACGUAUCAAACACAAAAAUCCAUCGCCAAUCAUGGCCAAUCAGAGGGUCCAACAAAAAACCCAACUAGAAUCGAAUGCCCUUCUUCAACAGUCCGCAUUGUUAGCGUAUGUUUCCCAGGUUCCACGUGGGUCGAUAACAUUACAACAGCGUUCAGUGAUCCUUGACGUAGAAGACGUACUCUCACUCGUUCGCCAUAACGAUCAUCUAUCCACGCUUCGACUGUUCCACCAUUAUAACCAUAACGUGAUACAAAACCAACUGAGCCUGUUGAGAGGGAACCUUCUGAGGUCUGUGAUGCAACUGCAAAUAAGACUGUCACUUCGGCGUUAAUUGCAGUUGCAAGGAGACCACUAAAUGCAUCCGUGCGUGCCACAGUUUCUGCAGAAUAUGAGCUCCCACCCAUAACUCGUUUGGUAUACUUGAAACCUAAGCUUUUUACAAGAGUUAAACGUAAAGUGUUAUGGAGAACGGUUUCUUUGUGGUUUGAUGUUAGAUCUGCCCAACAUUUUGGUGACCUAAUAGUACUGGCCUCACCUUUGAUAUAUACUGGCGAGGGUAAGGGAGGGAUUUUAGAACUAAGUGCGUUGAACCAGGAUGCUGAAAGAUCGCUUGCCGUAAGUCUGUUCAUAUCUUGUGCUAUCUUUGUAAAGGUCUUUGAAAUCACGUGGAUUAUCAUAAACGCGACCUGCGCAUGCCCCAAUAGCUUACUAUGCCAGCCAUCUUUAUCUUGACCCGUGCUUGUGUCGGCGUAGUAUUUACCGUUCAAUAAGCGGCAAGAUACACAUCGUAAAUGAAUUGUAGUGAUUCCAUAAAGUUCAGAAAUUAAACCUUGGCCAUAGUCUACUAGAUUUAAACAUCGAGGGUUCUUUUUGCUCGGCAAUAUGAAUAGAUUUACAUAGAAAACAGCGGGGUUAUUGGGGCGUUUGAGUAACUGCCUGGUGAACUGCUCAAGCGGUAGACUUUGACUGACAUUUGAUGCUCCAACAACAUUAUUCAGUACAUCGUUCACAGCAGUUUCAAGAAUCGCCAGAUCAAUAUUUUCAUUUUCUUCUAGGUAUAUCCCGUGGCAGAAUUGGUAGUAACUGCUUCCUGUUCCGCCAAUGCCAAUGAUCUUUAAGUUCAACUGAGAUCCGGAUAUGGGCUUGAUAACUUUACUCCACCAAUCACGUACGAUGACAGGAAACAUGCCCUGGGCGCUAUUUGAACCGCCAUAAAUAACGACAUUGAUUGCCUCUCCUUUUAAAAUUUUCAACAAUACAAACUCAAGUCGAAGAUUUUCAUGGUUUUCGAUACACGAAGACACAUUGUAUGAAUGAAUUCGUAGAGUUUCCAACGUUGGGUAGCGAUCCUUGACUAACCAAACUGACAAUGGAUCCACCGUCGCCAUUGUUUUGUCAAGCAAUUGAAUUAUUUGAGUGACUUUGUUAACAUCACCAGUUUGGCCAAUUCGUGGCUGUGUUAAUAUUGUUGACUUUUUAAAUUUUUCUCGUUUAAUUAACAUUUGUACCGAUGAUUGUAAAUAAUAGAACCAAACAAACAACUGAAGAACCUGUUGCCUAUAAAACAUUAUUUAAAAUAUGAAUAGAAACCAAUGGCGUUCUACAAGAAUAGUUUAUAAAUAUAAACUGGAUACAUCUAGAACAUUGUACAGUUUAUAUGGGAGAUUAUAAUCAAGAGUUAACAAUCAGGAAGAUAGUCACAUAGCAGGUUAAUGUAUUGUUGCAUUCUUGAAGCACCUGCCGAGCGAGUGAUUUAAGGAGAAGUUAACAAACUGUUUCAAGGUUUUCGCAUUGUGCAAAAGGAAGGACGAUGUUAAAUGGCUCAAUGUGUCUUAUUAGCAUAAGUAAAGUGAAAACAUUAUUUCAGGAAGGAAAAGUAUUAACCAUAUUGCAGCUGUCCCACAAAUGUCACAGUUCUGUCUCGACGGCAGUUGUGACAGGCUAAAAACAUAUCGUGACGGUUAUAUUUUAAUGGAACAGAAAAACGACAGCGUGGCAACAGUUUUGCGACAAUCUGGGGGGGGGGGGGCAAAGGACCGUGUUUGUAUUUUUUAAACUGCCGCCAGCUGCUUACACGAUGCCUGGAUACGAAAUUAACUUGCGACAGUGUCACGACAGUUUACAUUACAUUAUUAUUCAGCUCACUUCCCAUUGGGGCUUUUCAGUGACCGAUUACAUCAAGUAUUACGCUUAGACGGCUUAGUUAUGUUACUUACUUAGCUUAGACUAUUUAUCUUUACAACAAUUGUGAUAUUACUUUCCUAACUGUGUUUAUCCUAACCCACCUUGUCAACAAUGGUUAUAGAAACGCGCUUUUCAGUUAAUUAACGCUCGCGUAUCAUAAUAUUGUACUUUAUUUUGAAAUUAAAAAUAACAAAAAUUAGAGGUUGGCGACCCUUAGCAGGUCGGGCGGGGACGCUAAAGAAGUAGUUAUUUUUAUGUGACCUGAUACCAAAAAUAUUUUUUUAAUCCAGGGGGCUGUGGCUCAAUGUACAGAAUAUUUGUAGCAGCUGCUGAAUUCCAAGGAAAACGUACAAUACAACAACAUAGAAUCAUUAAUGAUGUGAGUAAUUUCUUUGUUAAGAAAUCCGAUUUUUGAUUAGCCUGCGAAUAGGCUCUCAAGCUGAAUUGAGAGCCUGCAUCGAUGACUAAUGAAUUUGAAUAUCUGCCCCGUAACGUUCGUUUUUCCAAAUAUGGAAUGUCUAUCCUUAUAUGGUGUUGUUUACAACUUUCGUGCGAACUAAAUUUAGACCGUGCAAACUAAAUUUAGACCGUACAGUUUAUACUGUUUUUCGAAAUAUAAGAUAUUCAAGCAAAAGUUUAAAUGUUUUAAAUACUGUUUUCUCAAAACAGAACAUUUCGUGCUUUGAGAUAAGAUGGCCAAGACCAAUUUGAUCAGUUUUUUAUGCAUAGUUAGCAGUUGACAUAUAUAGAGCUCAGCUGAAACAUAUAAAUUAUAGCAUCUGACCAAUGGCAAUGAGAAUUUCGCGUCACGAUUUGAGACGCAGAUAUUCAAAUUCAUUAGUCAACGAUGCAGGCUCUCAAUUCAGCUUGAGAGCCUGUUCGCAGGCUAAUUUUUGAUGUGUGCGAUAUUGAUUAUAAUAUUAUUUGCAUAAUGCUAUCAAGAAAAGCUGCGAACGCUGCCUCAGUCUAAACUUUUAGUAUGAUGUAUAAUAUAUUCACACAUACAUGUGUACAAUAUUCAAACACAUGUGUAGAAAGGUUUCAUCAUGCAAGAAAUAUUUUUUAUUGCAUGCUGGUGAAAUAAGUGCAUAUGAGACAACCAAUUCAAAUUGGUUAUUUUAACCAAUCUGUUUUUACAGUUUCGUUCAGCAUUUGUUUGGUGCUCAUCAGGUUUCUAAGUGAGGGAAUAAUGUUAAUUCAUUUUAUUAUAUGAAUAGCGGUACCCCCGCCCUCGCAGAACUGUUCCGAUCAGGGCAGAAAAGUGUGCGUGUCCCGGUAAGGUCCGAAGGCGAGUAUUUGAACUGACUUCUAAAACGUUGUAAUUUACAUAAUUACAAAGUAUUACAUGUAGUUCUAGAAAUGCCGUUCUGGGGACCCAGAAAUUCAAAAUUUAUCUGGGAGAGCAAGCCCUCGGUACCCCUCGCACCAUUGGCCAUCAAAAUCGACGGCCAUUGAUUGUUUUGUUCAAAAAAUUGACGCGAGUCAUUCAGAAACCUCAAAAGUUUAGUAAUCUAUAGGUUUUUACGUUUUCUGUAGAUCUUGCAAGACGAAGUGAAAGACAUGCAUGGAUUGACAUUACAAACAACAUCUUCUUUAUGA